ACCUAAACACUCAACAGGUCCCGCCUCUUCCCGGAAGCUGACAGUCAUCUGAUUUUGUUAGCCAGCAUCAGAGCUAACCAACAAAACAACUGUGCUGCCGUUUGUUUGGUUCCUUCCUUUUCGUCCUGGUUCUCCGCUUUGUCGUCUCUUAGCAGGGGACCGAACAACUGCUCAGGUAACCCCCCCCCGAACCAUGGACGAGACGAGUCCACUUGUCUCUCCGCUCCGGGACUCUGGGGAUUUCACCUACAACAGCGCGGAUCCCACCAGCUCCCGGGGCGCUAUCGGGAGCACGCCGGGCUCCGGGGUGCGCAUCCCGCCCGAGAGUCCCGGACGGAACCGGGAGAGACAGCCGCUCCUGGACCGGGACCGAGGACAGGCUUCCAGGGAGCCGCACAGGAACGAGUUCCCGGAAGAUCCCGAGUUCAGAGAGAUCAUCCGCAAGGCCGAGCGGGCCAUCGAGGAGGGGAUAUACCCAGAGAGGAUCUACCAGGGCUCCAGUGGAAGCUAUUUUGUCAAAGACUCUGUGGGGAAAAUUAUUGGAGUCUUCAAGCCAAAAAAUGAAGAACCGUACGGGCAGCUUAAUCCCAAAUGGACGAAGUGGCUUCAGAAACUGUGCUGUCCCUGCUGCUUCGGCCGUGACUGUUUGGUUCUAAACCAAGGCUACCUCUCAGAAGCCGGGGCCAGCCUGGUUGAUCAGAAGCUGGAGCUCAAUAUUGUCCCCAGGACCAAGGUGGUGUAUUUGGCAAGUGAAACAUUCAACUACAGUGCCAUAGACAGGGUGAAGUCUCGAGGCAAAAAGCUGGCUCUGGAGAAGGUGCCCAAAGUUGGACAGCGCUUCCACAGAAUCGGACUGCCACCCAAGGUUGGGUCCUUCCAAAUGUUUGUUGACGGGUACAAGGACGCAGAUUUCUGGCUGCGCAGGUUUGAAGCAGAACCGCUGCCUGAAAACACAAACCGUCAGCUACAGUUGCAGUUCGAACGGCUCGUAGUCCUCGACUACAUCAUCAGGAACACAGAUAGAGGAAAUGACAACUGGCUGCUGAAAUACGACUGUCCCAUGGAUUCUGGUGGUAAUAGGGACACAGACUGGGUGGUAGUCAAGGAACCUAUCAUCAAGUUAGCAGCUAUAGACAACGGCCUCGCCUUUCCACUCAAACACCCUGACUCCUGGAGAGCUUACCCGUUCUACUGGGCGUGGCUGCCCCAAGCUAAAGUUGCUUUCUCCCAGGAAAUCAGAGAGUUGGUGCUACCCAAACUGUCGGACCCAAACUUCAUCAAAGACCUGGAAGAGGACCUCUAUGAACUAUUUAAGAAAGAUCCGGGUUUCGACAGGGGACAGUUUCACAAACAAGUAUCUGUAAUGAGGGGGCAGAUAUUAAACCUGUGCCAAGCGGUGAAGGACGGUAAAUCCCCACUCCAGCUGGUCCAGAUGCCCCCAGUUAUCGUUGAAACAGCUAGGGCACCUCAGAGAGCAAACAGUGAAUCCUACACGCAGAGUUUCCAGAGCAGAAGACCCUUCUUCACCUGGUGGUAGGACACAAGAAGCGCAGCAGCAGAUUGCUGUGAAGGAAAGUGACUGGAUGUAGAAAUGAGGCCAAAAGAAGAGGGAUUUCUCCAAAUACCUUCCCUGUUUGGAUCUGUGCCUUGUGUGAACAUGACUGAAGAAGGUUCUGUGCAAUGACAUUUCUCAGCACUCAUUGGUGCAUGUCGUGGGUGCUCCCACGCCCACUUGCACACCAAUCAGAACCUUCUUGUGCUUUUGUUUAUUUUGGACGAGAGGUAUUUUGCAUUCCAUUUAUUUUUCUUUUUGUUUCCCUCCAACCUCCCAACACUCGCGCAUAUUUCCUCUCCCCCGCUGGCAACAGCAGUGCCAAUACAUUUGUGUUUCAUCAAAUAAGAGAAGUGUGUCAUGAGGUUAACGCUCACAAAUUUAGGAUAUGUGUCGUUUCUACGGAAGCUAAAAGCUGCAAGUCAUCUGAGGUGACUUUGCAAAGCCGAGGUAGGUACCAUUAAAGAGAUUAAAUAAAAUAGGAGCCAUGUGACUUGUUUGCCUAAUUUUCCGGUUCCUGUAAUUUAAUUAAAAAGGUCAAAAAUUUCUGCAUCCCUAACUAAACAGGCAGGUGUGGCGAAAUUUCUACCAGCUCCUGUUUUUUUCUCCCCCGUGGUUUGUGGCUCUUGGGUGGACUCAAGUAAACGAGAAGUAACAUUCUGCUGAACUGACAUGAAAUGUAUUGUGACAAUGCACUGUAUAAUUUGUAUGUAAUAUUUAAUGAUAGAGUAUAAUUAAAACAUAUUCAAUUAAUACCAA